AUGGCUGGAGGAGCCAAGACGAACAUUACUUAUGGCAAGGCUGGUCCUGGUGCUGACUUGCGUAUAUUUGUGGAGAAGAGGCUGCUGUUAACGCUGAACAACAACCGAAAGGUUGUUGGCCAACUCAGAGGAUAUGACGUCUUUAUGAAUAUAGUUCUGGACAACUGCGUGGAGCUGCGGAAGAAUGAAGUGCAGCGUCCCAUGGGGACGACGGUGAUACGAGGCAACGCCAUCCAAUCGUGGGAAUGUUUAGAUAGAAUAGAGCAGCGUAUGUAA